AUGGCAGUCCAGGCCAUGAAACACCAGGACGAAAAUGACGAUAUCAUCAUCUCAGACGAUGAGUUUGACUCACUUCUUGCGACCAUACCACUGCCCGGCUUCCCCUCGCCUCAUCAGUCGUCAUCUGCAAACCAACUCAGGAAACGGAGGGCUGAAUCGGAUACCCCAGCUACUACCAAGGAUGACCACGAUGAUAAAAAUACUCAAGAUCAAGCUUAUGAAGCUCUCAAUUUUGGCGAAAUCCCCAAGUACAUGGCCAACAAACGAAAGAAACUCAAGCUUCAAGAAUCAGCUCUCAGAGAGUCCGAACUAGGCAAUUCAAUCCGCCCACAGAUCUUCUCUGGGCUUGUGAUUCAUGUCAACGGUCAUACGAAUCCACCUCUCUCCGAGAUCCGUAGCUUGAUUAUCUUGCACGGUGGGACGUACAUGGCGUAUCUUGAUCACAAGUCGGCCCUCACGCAUAUCGUCGCUUCAUCCCUGACACCCAAGAAACGCGAAGAAUUCCGUGCCUAUAGGGUAGUCAAGCCAGAAUGGAUUGUCCAUUGCGUUUCAGUCGGUCGUUUGCUCAAUUGGUCCGACUUCGGACUCAUGGGUGGAAUCCUCUCCCUCGAACCCAAGAUAGCAGAAGGAGAAGCCACUGGUGGACGAGCGAUUGCUCAGAAAAAUCUGUUUGAUCUAGCCAGAGGCCUCUCCACACAAACAUCCAUUCAAAUUACCCGCCCAGCGCAAACACCAUCUCAUCACCCAUCACCACUCUCUCGGAAAUCUAGCGCUCCCAAACGCACUACCCCAACCGUAGCAUCUAGUAUACAAUCCACUUUGAAAUCAAUACCAACGCGUUCUGCGAUAAUAGAAAAUACCAGAAAAGAACCCAGCUUGGAUGACUCGACUCCGAUUUUGGGAAUUGCCCCAUCUCUUUCUACGCUUUCACCGUCGAAGGAUCAAUCUAACAACUCAGAGUCUAGCGGUCAACAGUUUAAAGAGAAAACCGAAGCCCAGGUUGAUUCAGGCAUCUUCGAAACUAAUGUAGAAGUUCCGAAUCUCGGCUCAAUCUCGUGUUCGGAUCCCAGCUUUAUCAAAACAUAUUUCCAACAGUCAAGGCUACAUCAUCUGAGCACAUGGAAAGCGGAGCUACUACAACGAGUAUCGAUUUUAUCUGAAAACAAAAAGCCGACCGCAAAGACUUCAGUCGUAUCCGCGAAAAAGUUAAAGGGAGACGCGAGCGAUAAACGCGUCAUCAUGCAUGUCGAUUUCGACUGUUUCUUCAUUUCUGCUGGAUUGAUUGGACAGCCGGAGCUCAAGGGAAAACCUUUGGCUGUGUGCCAUGCCAAGGCCACUAAUUCGGCCAAGCCGAACGGAAGUACAAGUGAAAUCGCCAGUUGCAGUUACGAAGCACGGGCAUUUGGAGUUCGAAACGGCCAGACCCUCGGGAGAGCUAAAGAAUUGUGCCCCGAAAUUCAAACUAUUGCAUACGAUUUCAAACUUUAUGAAGACCUGUCGUUUAAAUUCUAUAACAUCCUUCUUUCCUACGCUGAUGAACUUCAAGCAGUGUCCGUUGACGAGUGCUUGAUUGACGUUAGCAGUCGAUUUACCAACCAGUAUCCCCCUGGCAAUUUCAAUUCAAUCAAAUCGUCCGCGCUGAGCCUUGCUGAGGAAAUCCGCACAACCGUACGGAAUGCCACCCAAUGCGAGGUGUCGAUCGGCAUUUCCUAUAAUGUUUUGUUGGCCAAGCUCGCCACUAAGAAAGCCAAACCUUGCGGAUCGUACUUUUUGGAUCCCAAUCAAGCACACCCUCUCCUGAAGGAUUUAUCGAUUGAUGACUUGCCUGGUUUCGGAUGGGCGCAAAAGAAUGAGGUGCACAGCAAACUCUUAGUCGAUAAUGUUGCAGAGCUUCAGGCGUUCCCUCUCUCUCGACUAGUCGAUGUUUUGGGCCCAUCGCGAGGCAAAACUCUUCAUCAAUAUGCUCACGGAAUAGAUGAUCGAACUCUCAAGUCCUCGAAUCACGAGAGGAAAUCGGUCUCUGCCGUCAUAAAUUAUGGAAUCCGCUUCAAAGCAAUUGAAGACGGCGGCAAUGAUGAUGCCCGGGACUUUUUGCGACACUUGGGUCUUGAGGUUUCACGUCGGCUGACCGAAGUAGGAGUUUCUGGUCUUCACCUCACCCUCAAAAUUAUGAAACGUGCCCCAAAUGCUCCGGUGGAGACCAAGAAAUACAUGGGACAUGGGAUUUGUGAAGAAUUCAGCAAAACGACUAAACUUUCUGGUCCAGGUGGCAUCGGUGUCAGCGAUGGGACGAUUAUCGGAAAUGAAGCGUGGAAAUUACUUCAAUCCAUGUCCAUUCCACCUGAAGAUCUCCGAGGGAUUGGAAUACAAAUUAAUCGGCUCGAAAAGCUUACUAAAAAUACUCAUGGGGAUAAACCUUCAGGCCAGUCGACGUUGAUGUUUCAAACAACCAAGGCUAUUGAACCAUCUGCCCGUCGACAAGGUCCUCGACAUCAGAGCAAAGUACUUCACGGCUCCAACAAGACAAUCCCAAAUUACGGAGACCGCACGCCAGUUGCAUCAACAUCCAAGAAAAUAUCCAAAGCGCCCGACCUGCCUCAUUCCACCCCUUUCUCUAUCCCUCCGGCUUCUCAAAUUGAUUUAGAGGUCGUGGAAGCCUUGCCCACACCGCUCAAGUCUCAUAUCUUGAAAUCCAUUGGUGCUGGUCAAAGCAAAUCAGCCAAUCUCUCCCCCGAUCAACAAAACACCAUCGACCUCGUCACACCGGAUGGCAAAUCGAAGGAAAGUACAAAUCAAUUUGGUCUACCUUCAGUCAGUCAAGUUGACUGGAAAAUCUUGGCUGAGCUCCCUUCAUCGGUACGUAAACCGAUCGAAGCAAUCUAUGCCCAGCAAAAAUCUUGUCGACAUCUUCCACCGCCUACUCCACCCAAUUUCACUCGAGAUCUCAAGGGCGAUCAUAGGAAGCUCAACGGUCGAAUACCCGCUUCAUCGCAGAAGAAAGACCGUCUUGCCGGCUUACAGCUUGCUUUUCAAGACCAACGAGUUUCUCGUCCCAAGUCGAAGAUCAACCAUCGCGUUGCCCCUCUAGGGCCUAGCCAGAAACUAAUCAACAAGAAGACCUUUAAGCUUAUCACCAGAAAUCAACCAGCCAAGAUAUCCCCCCCCAAAAAAAAGCGAAGUAGGGAAGAGGGAGCCACUGAACUACUCCCUACGCCAAACAGGAUUAGCGAUGAGCAACUUGAAGCUCUGGAGAUUGAUGUGCGAUUUUUUAGGGAGCUCAAGGGGAAUUCAACUAGAGCGUUCCAGCUUGAUUUGAUAUGGAAUCAGUUCCAGAUCCAUUCGAGUCGGUUCAAGGAAGUGACUCGACAGGGUGAUCGAUGGAGAAAGUGGAGGAAAAACUUUGAUCUUCCAGCGAAAGUUCUUCAGAUCAGUUUACCAGAGCCGCCAUGUUUGUUUGGUCGAGGAGGAGGCCGAUCAGGUCGGAAGGGAUUGAGCAAGCUGGAGGACGUAAUUGAAUUAAUCGAACAGUGGAUGCUUUCCUCGGUCAGUUCGCCAUCUGCCACUGUUGCAACAUCUGAAGAACAGCCAGCGGCACUAAAUCUAGUCGAAAUCGACGAGCGGGAUCUUGAAAUCAUCGAGAAGUUUUUGCUCGACUUAAUCGACCCACCUCCCAACCCAAAUUUCUCGACUGGUCAGCAGUCCUCACCCGGUCAAGACUUGGAAAAAGUCUUCAAGAUCAUUCAAUGGUGGGAAGACCUAAUCCUCAAACACUUUUCUAUCGAUCAGUCUCACAAUCCGCCUUUCGUUUAUUGGAAGAAUAUCUUGGAUAACCUCAAACUCAAAGUCAAUUCGGUCGCAUGUAGAGAUUUCGGGGCCCCGAUAUAUUAA